AUGCCACCUGGUAGUUUGAACCUCGGAACACGCUCCAACACAGCGCGAUCUUCGCGAAAUACAGCCUUCCUGAGCAUCCUCGGCGUUAUUGGGGCCGGUUAUGCGCUGCUGCGAUAUCAGUCUCCACGGGACGGGGUUGUGGAACAGGAGGAUGUUGAAAAUGCCACAGGGGAGGCAAAGAUCGGACGGUCGAAGGUUGUCUCACAGAGAGAUGUAAACGCCAUGAUGGGAGAUUCACCAACUGGGAAGGGUCAUGUUGCGCGGUCGCCGAGGAAGGCGUCAAAUCGUGAGGACUUUUGA